UUUAGGGGGGAGCGGCUAGCCGGCCAGGAGCCUGUCAUUCGACCGGGGGAGCUGCGGGCUUGAGCGGGGGGGGGGUCUUUUCGGUUUCUGCUGCCGCUGGCGCUUAUGGACAUUUUUAGCUGACAGACGGGGCAGUGAGCCAGCGGAUGUUACAGUAUGGUAUUAAGAAAAAGACUAAAAUGGUGCCUCUGAAGUAGGAGUGUGAGCGCUGCCGGUGCCUUGUAGCUGUAGAGAACGUUAGCUUCUGAUUAGCACCACGGUAGCUAAUGCUAGGCCUGCCGUCUACUUUGGCUUGUCAGGACACUUUGUGGUUUUUACUCUUCCCUUUGUCAAGCAGGCUUUUGUUUGGCUCUUUUGUUUGCUGAGAUUUUGUUUUCCCCCCCUUUGGCUUCCUGUGGCGAACAAGGCCCUGAAAUGAAGAGAGUAAACAGCUUUCACAGGUUCAUGAACCGACGGGCCUCUGCUAACUGCCGCUACCAGCCCACCUGCUAUGAGCACGCUGCAAACUGCUACACCCACGCGCUCGUCAUCGUGCCGGCCUUCGUGGGCAUGACGCUGCUGCACCGCCUGUCGGACAACGGCUGGGAGAGGAUCACGGCCUGGGUGUACGGCAUGGGCCUGUGCGCCCUCUUCCUGGUCUCCACCGUGUUUCACGUCAUCACCUGGAAGAAGAGCCACAUGAGGUCUGUGGAGCAGUGUUUCCACAUGUGUGACAGGGUGGUCAUCUACUUCUUCAUCGCUGCCUCAUACACACCUUGGUUGAACCUGCGUGAGCUGGGCCCCCUGGCAGCUCACAUGCGCUGGUUUGUGUGGCUCAUGGCUGCUGCUGGAACCAUUUAUGUCUUCAACUACCACGAAAAAUACAAACUUGUCGAGCUGGCCUUCUACCUGACGAUGGGUUUUUUCCCCGCGUCAGUCGUGACGUCUAUGAGCAACACUGAUGGGCUUCACGAACUGGCCUGCGGCGGACUCAUCUACUGCCUCGGCGUCUUCUUCUUCAAGAGCGACGGCAUCAUCCCCUUCGCCCACGCCAUCUGGCACGUUUUCGUGGCGCUGGCUGCGGCUGUGCACUACUACGCCAUCUGGAAAUACCUCUACAAGGCCCCCAGCGCCGAAAGCCUCUUCGAGUCGUGACCGGACGCCCGCUCAUCCAAUCCCUCAACUGCCCGCUGAAGCUGCAACGACGGCCGAAAAAGUUUACGAAAAUAACGAUUGUUUACUGUUUUCUAACGAGGAGAACAGAUUUUUCAAAGCUGUUUUGUACAACUUCAGUGAGGGAGGGAGUUUUGACUUUUUACAGUGAACCCUGGCACAUUCGUGGGUGUUUGAUAGCAGUCUUUUAUAUCACUUGAAGUAAGACACAUUCCAUUUUGGGUCAUUUGUGUAUCCGAACUUUGAGAUUCAUCCAUUUCAGCUGGUGAUUGGAACACGAGGGACAUCGAAUGAGGUGCUAACAUUCAGCUGUUAUCAGUAGCAGGGCUGGGCAUCUCGGAACACUCGACUUUCAGUACCAAAAUUCUACUUUUUUGUGGUAUUUUUGAGAAAUAUUAAGGCUUCUCUGCUUUUCAUAAAAAAAAAGAAACCAAAGAUCCUACAGCGUUUCAAGAACUUUGCAAAGUGAAAUUAAUGAAAUUUGAUUUGAAUCAGGAACUGAUCAAAGAUUGAAAUUUGAUGCCAACUUUUGUACCAAAAAAGUAUUGAGGUUUGAUCACCGGCCCGUUAGUUGUUCAUAGACUUUUCAAUUAAGUCAGGAGGGAAAUUAAUUCUUUUUUUCAUUUUUUGUUUUUUUAUUAUCAUAUCUUUAGUCCAUCUCCUCCACAUGUAAUCGUUUUUUUUUUUCUUUCCAGUGCAUGCUUUGUUUUCAAAUGUGGUCGUCAGUUUUCAGUUCUUCCUGUGAGUACUUGGCGCCCCCUGCUGGCGGGCUGCUGCGAUGAAGCGACUGACGGCCGUGUGGAGGCAACACAGGCGAUGUUAAUGUGACGAGACAGAAUUCUUCCACUUUAUUGAAAAUGUGAACAGUGAGUGUGUGAGUGCACGACCUUCGUACUGUAGUCCAACAUUACAUUUCCAGUUUUUGAUUUGCACCACUAGGACGAGCAGUGUUUCCUGUCCGCUGAGACGCCUUUCUGUCUCCUGCUGUCCGUUUUUACCUUCCUGCUGCUUCUCCCCUACGUGAGCCGAGCGGUUGCUUCUGUGUUAAGUUUGGCUCUCGUUGAAAUGGUUCCUUUAACCACUCUGUUUUGUAAUAUUUGUAUGUCCUCUCUGUUGUUCUGUUCUGAUUACAUGAUCCUGGCCUUUGCAGGGAUAAAAGAAAACUGCUUCUUGUUUGUUCCAUUGGCUGUUAUGGUGCUGCAUAUACACGAAUGCUCCUCUUCUGUUACCGAACACGACCUUUCUAACGUGACAAUAAAAAACGAACGAUAACGCCCCACG